UCUAACCAAUUCCGAACUGAGAAAAUGGGUCAUGUCAUAAAGUUUUCAGAGUUGGCGAAAGCUCUGAGAACAGCUUCAGCUGAAUUCAACAGAAGAUUAUGCAAGCAAUGUCAAAAUAACAUCAUACAACAAAGGAGAUGGUUUUCAACAGGUCCCAAGUUAUUUGGUGUGUGGGAGCCAGAUGGACUUGAUGAACCAAAGUUUGGAAAAUACACGAAGAUUGACAUAAAGAUGAAUGGUUAUGAUUAUGUGGUUUUGGAAUCAUUUAGUAAAUUUAUGAAAUCCGUCAGUACCACUAUGGACCUUGACAUGAAAGUAGUUGCUAUUCCACCAAGAACCUCUUCAAUAAAGACUUUCUUUGAAAACUCAACUAAAGUUAAAGAAAAUUUUAGUUUGAAAAGAUAUGAAAGGAAGCUACGAUUUGACACUAUUUUGUGCACAAAGUUAACUAUAUUUUUGGAUGUCUUAAGACAUAAUUUACCAGCAGGAGUGGAUUUCGAGUUAAAAAGCUUCUCAAAGGAAGAGGAAGAAUUCCGUUUUAUACCAAGUGAAGAGAAAUUAUCUCUGUUAGCCAGACUUGCUUCAUUAGAAAAAGAAAAAUUAGAGAGAGAAAGGAGGAAAGACAAAUUUUAAUUCUGCCAAAAAUAGAUAGAAUGGGAAAUAAUGAAAUGUUUGAACAAUGAGACUCAGUGUAUAUAUUUGACAUAUAUAUUGAUAAAUGAGUCUUUUGAUUCAUGGACUGCUACAUA